UAUUUCUUUACGCGCCACGCGUUACCUUGGCCAGGGUCCGUUUCUCUCAACUACUUUGACCCGAUCAACCUCCGAAUCCGGCACUCUCUCUCUUUCCCUUUGUCUGUGCGCGCCCUAGGGUUUGAGUGCUUGCUCUUUAGGGUUUCGCGCCCAACACUCUGAAUCUCUGAUUCUCUCUGGUCGAUCUUCAAUAAAAUAUUGGAAGAAUGGUGAGAGGUUUGCUCAACAAGCUCGUCUCGCGCUCUCUCUCCGUAGCUGGAAAAUGGCAGCAACAACAGCUCCGCCGCCUCAACAUUCAUGAGUUUCAGGGGGCUGAUUUGAUGGGCAAAUACGGGGUCAAUGUUCCGAAAGGUGUUGCCGUUUCUUCUGUUGAUGAAAUCAAGAAGGCAAUGCAGGAUGUAUUUCCCAAUCAAAGCGAGUUGGUGGUCAAAAGCCAAAUUUUGGCUGGUGGAAGAGGCUUGGGAACAUUUAAAAGUGGUCUUAAGGGCGGAGUUCAUAUUGUUAAGGCUGAUCAGGUUGAAGAGAUAGCUGGGAAGAUGCUUGGGCAGAUACUUGUCACCAAACAAACUGGUCCCCAAGGCAAAGUUGUGAGUAAGGUGUACUUAUGUGAAAAAUUGUCACUGGUUAAUGAGAUGUACUUUGCUAUCACUCUGGAUCGUAAAACUGCUGGUCCACUUAUAAUUGCCUGUAGAAAGGGAGGAACCAGCAUUGAGGACCUUGCAGAGAAAUUCCCAGAUAUGAUUAUAAAGGUUCCUAUUGAUGUUUUCCAAGGAAUUACUGAUGAAGAUGCUGCAAAGGUUGUUGAUGGUUUGGCUCUCACGGUGGCUGAUAGGAAAGAUUCAAUUGAGCAAGUGAAGAAAUUAUAUGAACUUUUUUGCAAGUGUGACUGCACACUAUUAGAAAUCAAUCCCAUUGCGGAGACUUCUGAUAAGCAGUUAGUAGCUGCUGAUGCUAAGUUAAACUUUGAUGACAAUGCAGCCUUUCGUCAGAAAGAGAUAUUCACUCUCCGUGAUCCAUCACAGGAGGAUCCUCGAGAGGUGGCUGCUGCUAAAGCAGAUUUAAAUUAUAUUGGCUUAGAUGGAGAGAUUGGUUGCAUGGUGAAUGGCGCAGGAUUAGCAAUGGCCACAAUGGAUAUAAUUAAACUGCAUGGGGGAACUCCGGCCAAUUUUCUAGACGUAGGUGGGAAUGCUUCUGAAGGCCAGGUGAUUGAGGCAUUCAAGAUAUUGACUUCGGAUGAGAAGGUGAAAGCAAUCUUAGUGAACAUAUUCGGGGGAAUAAUGAAAUGUGAUAUAAUAGCGCGUGGAAUUGUCAAUGCUGCCAAAGAGGUUUCACUGAAAGUACCAGUGGUUGUUCGUCUUGAAGGCACCAAUGUUGACCAAGGAAAGAGAAUCCUAAAGGAAAGUGGUAUGGCAUUGAUAACGGCAGAUGACCUUGAUGAUGCUGCUGAGAAAGCAGUUAAAGCAGCUUACAAAUGAGGGAAUCCCUUGGUAACCUAUAUAUAAUUUUAUCCUCUUCAGCAUGAUUUGUUUUUUUUUGGGGGGGUGAGUAAAUAUGAUUUACUCUGGCUAGUGUAUUUUUGGCGGAAAUACGUGUAGACAGUCCCAGUAAAAUGGGAAUUGAUGUAAGAUUUUGAUUAAAUAUAGAAUUGUUAAAGUUUUCCCAAUAAA